CAUGGCGUACAAUAACUACGGUGGUGGAGGCAGGGACUACAAUAAUGAUCGCGAUUACGGCGAUCGCGGCGGUUACAGUGGAGGUGGUGGUGGUGGUGGUUAUGGAAAUAGAGGGCCGCGACAGGAGCAGCCAAUUCCUGAUGAACCUCCAUUCAAAGCAUUUGUAGGGAACUUACCCGGUGGAAUGGUACAGGGGGACUUCGAUGUAAUAUUUUCAACUUGUAAAGUAAAAAGUGCAAAUUUAGUUCACGAUAGAGACACAGAGCUGUUCAGAGGCUUUGCUUAUGUGGAAUUCGCCGAUCAAGAAUCAUUACGUGAAGCUCUAGCAUAUGACAAAGCCGUAUUCUGUGAUAAACAAAUAAAGGUGAACGUUGCAAUUGAUAGAAAUCGAGGAGAGAGGGGCCGAGGUCGGGGGCGUGGUGACCGAGGAGGUUUCGGUCGAGGAGGCGGUCGAGGUCGUGACAACUAUGGAGGAAAUGACGACUUUGGAGACCGACGUGGUGGGGGCGGCUAUCGUGGAGGACGUAGUGAUAGAGGAUAUUCAGGCGGUGGACGAGGUGGUGGUGGUGGUGGUGGUUGGAAUGACCGCGACAAUGAUGAUUCGCGUGGAGGUGGCGGGCGAUAUGGCAACCGACCUCGUAACAACAGUGGCGAUGAUGAAUUCAAGGAACCCGAUGAAGCAUCGAGAGCUGCUCGGCCAAAACUGAAGCUGCUUCCAAGAUCUGUACCCAAGGAUGCCCCCAAGGAGCCCCCCACUGGUCGCUCGGAUAUCUUCGGUGGUGGCAAACCAAGGGAGGCCAAGGGCGACGACUUAUAAUGUACAUUAGACUGAAAGUUUUUCAAGGUCUGCUUGGUUCAGUUUGUAGUCUCCGAUCACCGGGAAGCUGAGGGAGAGAUGAUGCAUCCACCGACUGGAAAGCCUGCUUGUCACCAUGGUUUUUGACAGCAUACUGCAAGGAUUUCUAUGGCUGCUAUUAUUGUUUUCAUCAAAUUAUCUUCUUCGAUGAACUUUGGGCAGGGGUUGAUUUCUAUUGAUAUUGAUUUAGGUAUUUUUUGGCUACAUCUGCUAACACGAUCAUGAUGUUAAAAUGGUUCUUUAAGCAAACAUAGAACCCACAUGGAAUAAACAAGCUAUAAUGAUGCUAGUAUCACAUUUUAUUUAAGCAUUCCUAAAAAUUUCGGUUUGAUCAGCUGAAAAUAAGGCUUUGCUCAAUUUAAUGGCCUCAAAGAAGGGCAGGGCCUCCUUGUUGAUUUCGGCCAGUGUCUCAAUGACCCAAGAAGUGUGUCUCCGUUUUAAGAAUGUGGCUCGCUGCUUAUAUCGGGGUGGGAGCCUGAUUGUUGUUUCAGUCAGUUUUUCCUCGGAGUCUUUAACUUUGUGGACAUCAAGCAUUUAUUGGUAGAAUCAAGUGUACACAGUGAGACCUGGGUGUACACAGUGCGUGUGCCAUCUAAGUAUUUGACCGUUACUGUAUAUUCCAGUAAAGGCUACAUGUAAAUAUUUCUAUCUCUUAUUUACAUUUGUUCGAACUAUUAGCCUUUCGUUGGACAACCAGCAAUCAUUUGGUUACUAGUUGAUAGAUUGAGCAUCCCAAUCAUCAUUUGAGUAAAAAUGACCUGUUCUAUUCUUUAAAAAAUUAACUCGUACAGGAAAUAAUCGAAAAAUGUAUGUACUGUGGAAUCAAUUUGGGAACUUCUACUUUGUAAUGUCCCUUUUUCCACAUCGAGCCAGUGCUUGGUGAUCUUAAUGGAAUUUCAUCAAAGUAAUAACAGAAUUUCAUGGUUAUUCAUUGUUUUUAUUUUGCACUCUUUUAUAACUGCCCUUGCUUAUGUUCAGACAAGAAAAAGUGAAUGGUGAUUUUGAAAGUGAUUGCUGCAAGUCUUGUAUAUCAAUGGUACUUAAACGCAGUGAAGCUUUUCAUCAUACACCACCAUUUUCAAAUUUUGUUACAAAGUUCGAUUUAGAUCCGUUUGGCUCCUCAUUAUGGCAAAACUUGACUGUGACGGCUGAGAAUCUUGCACUAAGAAUAUCGCAGAUUUUGAUAUGGUAGCACUUUCACUUGAGGUGUUUCAUUCUGGAAAUGAUUUCUUAAAUCUGUCCCCUAUGGUGAUAAAGUGGUGUUAAAGUCGAGUGUGCUGUAAUUAGCUAUUGUUUUCUUCAUACAAUGAAUUAGCACUGUAAAUAUUGCUUAGGUGUAAAAUCCAUGUUGACUGCAGAGCCUGUCCUCUCAUUUUUUGAAAGAAUGGGUUCUAACCAUGCAUGUAUAUUACCUUACCACUUGGUUGCUUUGUUUGAGGGGUUUUACGCUUGUUUAUUUAGGCUGGAAUUGAUUAGGGUUAGUUCAAUAUUCAAUGGUGUAGUCUUACCACAUUACGGCUAAAGAUCUCCCAUUAGAAAAAAAAGUUGUCACUGCUAAGAUUGCAUCUUUGAGUGUUCCUCAUUAUGCGCUAUGAAAUGAUGUCUUAGUUAUUUUCACAAUAUUUUCUGAGCUUUUUGUCAGUAUAGCAAGUUGUCUGGAAGUUUUAAUCAUGUAUCUAUAAUGGAGCAUAAAUUUCAGUUAGUUGAACUCUUCAACUGUUAGUGAGAAGCAUAUACACUGCAACUUUUUCUACAAAAGACUUCUUACUUUAUGUGGAAAUUAGGUUGAACAAAACUCUGGUAUUUUUCAUAUGGUCUUUGAAACUGUCGAAAUGUGAAUUUGAUUAUGAUUUUACCGGGAGAUCAGCAUCGCAAAAUGUGAUGUCACAGUAUACCAAAAUGAAUUUCUUCUACCUUUGUUAUUUGUCAAGUAUAAAAGCACUAGUCUGCCGAUUUUUUAAAAAAGAAAUUUUUAAACAUGCACGAUUUUGUUUUGCCAAAAAUGUCUAACUGACUUUUCUGGUCCUAUUUUUAGUAAUUUCAGAACUUUGUGGCCAUGAUAACAUUACAGCCCAAAUUCGAUAAGUCCAAGCGCCUGGCUAGUGUCAACCUUUGCAUAAAUUUGUAGUCUCUUGUAGAUAUUAUUGCACUUAUUUGCAUUUAGUGCUUUAAGUGGCCAUUCAUUUAGUAUGUACGCAUAAAAGGGGUUGUUAAAUUUGAGGCCCAUUUUGCAUACUUGUGCCUAUGUACUCAAUGAAAGUCCUUAAUCAAUGAGAUACAUUUACAAUGUGUUCAAAUUCAGAUCGUAUUCUUGUUAGCAUGAAGGUCACUCAGUACUGUGAGAUAAUGUAGCUUCAUGAAAGCAGUGUACAUUUUCUUAAAAUUUGCUGAAUUUGAAAAUGAAAAAAAAUGUAUAUUGUCUGCCCUACAUUAUUAUGUGGCAGAAAACUUUAGAAUAAAAAGAAAAAUAUGUUGUAA